AUGUCCAAGCAGCGAAAGCCGUCAAUGCGAUCAGUUGCACGCCCCGCUUCCCCAUCUUCACCAUCUUCCCCGAUGAUGGCUGUGUACACUGUGCCGAGUGGACCCGAACAUCGCGAUGCUCGACAUGUUACCAACGCUUUGAAUCGAGGACUUGACCAGGCCGUGAGCUGUGCGAACCAGUUGAUGGAUCAUAUGAGGCACCAAAUCACCGAGAUGGGUGAGGAGGUGAUGGACAGCAUGCGCAAAGAGAAAGAGGAGCACCAGGAGGCCAUUAAACGAUUCAUGUCGGAGUUUGACGAUGUCAAGAAGAUUCUCCACACGGGCAUCAAGGAGAUGAAGUCUGACAACGCAGCAACUGUCAUGGAGAUGCGAGAGGCGCAAGACAAGCAUCUUAAGAGCGUGCGGGGGCAGCACGAUGGGCUCCAGGAGGACAUGCAGAGGAGUCAGCGCGCGCUCCUGGAGAAGUGCACGAGGAUGCAUGACAUCCUUAAUGCCCAAGAAGCAGUGUCACCGACCAGUUUCGCGCACAAAGUUUCUGGCAUGCUAGAAGGCGUGAAGCACGUGCAGGAGCGAGCUGAUGAAGUCCUCCGCACGAUGUCCAGCCUCUGUGACGGCCAUGGGGCUCUUACUCGAGUGGCAAGCAAGAUCAAGGAGGCGAACGUGUCAGCCGAGAGGCUCGAAAAGGAGUCCAAAGCUGCCUGUGCACAUCUGGACUCCUUCAACACAAGCUUCGGAGGCACCUCGCGUGAUAUCAACAUGAACGUUCAGAGCAUGGACAGAACGUUGAAAGCGCUGGAUAUUGACAAGAUGGAGCAGUGGCUUCGAGAUUUUGAGAAGCGCAAGAGCAAGAUGGACGCAAGCCUCAAGAUCUUUUCUGAGACAGAGCAAGAGUGGACGAUAAUGGCGGCGGAUUGCAAGAAAGCGAGCCAGUCUGUCGUUGACUGCACAAAGACGUUUCAGACAAGCGCGGAAAACCUACAGAAGAUGAAGGGCAUUUCCGAUUCCCUAAAGUCUUUCGACACUGAGUUGGAGCUAAUCAUGUCCGGCGUCAGGAAAUGCAAUCCGCUGCUCAUUCAGCAACUACAGGAGGCAGCAAAGAACUUUGAUCCUGAGGCCACGCAUGCAAAAAUACGUGAGUUCAUGCAAAAGCGGGAGGAGGACAUCACCAAACUGAUCCACAAAGUUAAUGAAGAUGCAAAGCAGAAGUUGCAACAAGCAGUCACGGACGUGGCAGAGAAUGCUGUGAAUGUGAUGUCCACCGAGAGCUUGAAGUGGAGGCAGUUCGAGAAGUGCUUGGAUGACGGGCACAAAAAGAUGGCCGAGCUGGCAAAAACUGCCGAUGCUUCGACUGUCAACUUUCAGGAGAAGUUGACGGAGAUGAAGGAAGUAGUUCAAGACUUGGACAGAAAGGUUUCGCAUGCAAUCGAUACCUCGGCCAAGUCGUGGGAAGAGAGAGCCCAUGGCGUCACCAGAGGAUAUCAGGAAGCCAUGGAGACGUCCAGAAAGGCAAUGGAUGCUUCCGUCAAGAUGGCCAAGAGUACCUCCGAGAGCUUGUCCAAGAACGACGAGGACUUGGAAAAAGUUGUCCAGGAGACCAGAGAGGCAAUGGAGGCGAUGCGCCAGCAGGCCAAAGCGACGGUGAGCAAGGAGUCGGCCGCUGCGACGAACUUGCUGAAGCAGCAGCUGAAAGACGUCAGCGAAGAGUUUGAUAAGAAGAUGCAGCAAGUGGCCGAGGAGCAUGAGAAAUCAGCCGCAAAGGUGUCCGGCACUUUCAGCGACCAGCUUCGCAAGGCGACCGAGCAAGUGCAGAGCUCCACAAAGCCAUUCGUGGACGAGAUGCAGAAGUUUUCAGAAGAGCUUGCAGGGUUGAAGGGGAUCAAGAAAGAGGUCGAUCAAAUUCUGGAGAGCGUGAAUGGCAUUGUGAGCAAAGGCAAAGUCCUCGUUGCUGGAGUGGGCAGCUCGCUUUUGGUAGGGUCAACUUCCUUGAUUGCAGCGGCCACCAACUUGUUCGGCGGCCCCAGCCCAGUCGGAAAUCACACAGCUACGUAG